UUGGCAAAAUCAUCAGAGUAGAUCACUUGUGUUCUUGUAACUUGUUAACUCUCAGUUUAGUUGAAAAGCCUCUAGCACUAUUGGCUCUCCAGAAGCAAUAUCAUGGCUUGAAAACUGGAAAUCCCAAGAAUGAAGUCACUUUACCAAGAAAGGCCCCAGCUUUUUUAUUAGCAAGACACUAAUGAGAAUUGUAUACAUGUAUGGAACAAAAUUGUGUUCAUGCUUAUAAAAGGUUUUUUUAAAAUAGCUGAUGCUGAUUUACAUUUCAGAACCAUCAAGAAAUGGGGACCUGGAUUUUGUUUGCCUGCCUCCUGGGAGCAGCUUUUGCUAUGCCUCUGCCACCUCAUCCUGGGAGCCCUGGUUAUAUCAACUUAAGCUAUGAGGUGCUUACCCCUUUGAAGUGGUACCAGAGCAUGAUAAGGCAGCCGUAUCCUUCCUAUGGUUACGAACCCAUGGGUGGAUGGCUGCACCACCAAAUCAUCCCUGUGCUGUCUCAACAGCAUCCCCCGAGUCACACCCUUCAGCCUCAUCACCACCUCCCAGUGGUGCCAGCUCAACAGCCCGUGGCCCCCCAGCAGCCAAUGAUGCCAGUUCCUGGCCACCACUCCAUGACUCCAACCCAACACCACCAGCCAAACAUCCCUCCAUCCGCCCAGCAGCCCUUCCAGCAGCCCUUCCAGCCCCAGGCCAUUCCACCCCAGUCUCAUCAGCCCAUGCAGCCCCAGUCACCACUGCACCCCAUGCAGCCCCUGGCACCACAGCCACCUCUGCCUCCACUGUUCUCCAUGCAGCCCCUGUCCCCCAUUCUUCCUGAGCUGCCUCUGGAAGCUUGGCCAGCGACAGACAAGACCAAGCGGGAAGAAGUGGUGAGUAUACCUUGAAGCCAGCAAAAGACAAAUCCUAGGAAAGUGAUUUAAUAAAUUGGCCCCAGAGUUCUGAGUUCCAAACUAAUCAGAGCCCAGAGUUGCAGACACCAU